GCUGACUAGGUUUUAAGACACGGCCAUUAUCUGGAAAGCGUCUCUCGCACAUGGGCUCUCGCUCAGACAGACGCGCUCUAACGGGACGAGCUGAGGCGGUCACUAAUCCGCAUCUUACAGGCAUCCGCUUUACAUGCCACAAUAAACCUUUCAAACUUUUAUUUUCACCUUAAUAACAACAACAGCUACAACCGCAGGCAAUCAUGGAUAUAGACGCACCCGUUAUUUUGUCCGCACUUUUCUUUACGAUUAUUGCCAUUAUAGUUGCAUCGACGUUCCUGGCGAAGAAACCGGCGCAAAAAAAAGAUCAGAAACAGAAACAACACGAGGAGAGAUCAGAGCGAGUUACUGCGUAUCAGCAGCCCAGAGUGGAGCAACCUGCCCCGGCUCCAGCUCCAGCUCCUGUACAGGAGGAGGUGGUUAUUGAAAAGAGAAGGGAAGACCCUGUUCCAGUCGCUCCUGUUGUAGAACCUGAAGUCAUCGCGGUGCAACAAACACCUGUACAGGCAGAGGUAAAUGCUGAGGAGGAGGCAGUCGUUGAGCCGAAAAAGGAAGAGCCCGCUGUGGUCGCCCCUGUAAUUGAGGAAGUUGGUGUUGUAGAGGAACAGCCUACAGUUGAACCUGAGAUCAUCCCGGCGCAAGAAACACUUGUCCAGGCAGCUCCAGAGCCUGAGCCCGAGCCUGUAUCCGAAGCAGUCGUAGAAUCUGCACCUGUGGAAGAGCCCGUCCCUGUGCCAGAGCCAGUGCCUGAGCAAAUACCCACCAAUUCCCCAGAACCAGUGGCUGCACCAGUAGAAGAGUCAGUGCUUGAACCAGUGAAGGAGUCUGUCCCAGCGCCAGAACCAGUGCCUGAACCAGUCCCAGAGGUGCCUAUCCCCGAACCAGCAUCUGAACCCAUCCCUGAACCAGUAUCGGUGCCCACCCCAGAAAUACCGUCUGCGCCCAGCUCAGAACCAGUUUCUCUGCCAACCCCUGAACCGGCGCCUACACCAGUCCCAGAGCCACAAUCCGCACCCGCCCCUGAAGCGGCAUCUGUGCCCGUCGCUGAGACCUCACCAGCGGCUGAAUCCCUUCCAGAGGUCCUAGAAAAUAAUGAUGUUGCAGCUGCUUUAGUGGCAGAUGAGGACGAGACUCCCGCAGUCGUGCCCGCUAACAAGAGGACCACCAAGUUUGAGAAGAGAAUGACCAACGAAGAGAUGGAAGAGGAGCAAAGGAUAGAGUUGACAAAUGACUUUACCGCUCUUUAAACAACACCAGGCAGUAUGCCUGUGUCAGACCGCUGAGUUGCUGAGUAAGCAGAAGUCAAAGCUUGUGGAAAAGUGUGUGAACCUUGAGGAGCUUUGUGGAGUGACGACUUCGUUUGACUGUCUCUGAAAUGUGUUGUGAUGGAAACCUUUUUUUUCUUUUUUUCUUUUUUUUUUCUUUCUGUUUUCUGUACAGGCCACUUUGCAUUUCUGCCUGUGAAUAGCAAGCUUCUUAAAGCAAAACACCAAAGAACAUUAACAUAGGAAAAUAGGUUCCUGCUCUUCUGAAAUACCAUCACGCCCCCUUGUGGACACACACACACAUAAACAAACACACACACCCCCGCUAUGACCAUCACAGGCUGAUGGGAAAUGUGCUCACACUGCAGAGUCAGACAUCUGUAUGAAAUGUAGAAAGCAUUUGGAUUUUUUUUCGUUGUUGGUAGUUUAAAAAAAGGUGAAUCUCAUAAAAACAUUUUAUUGUCUAGGUGACAUUUCACCCCAGAAUCAGAAGGGACUGGAUUAAAAAAUGUGUUAUGUUCAAAGGAUGCAUAAAAAAAGCCCUUAAGUGUUUUUGCAUUAUAAAAGUAAUUUUUACAGUAAUAUAUUUUUUGAUCAUUUCAUUUCAAUCAGCAUAAUGGCAGUACAAGAAAUUAUUAUUGUAAGCAUUAUUGUAAUGGCAAUAUAAUUUAGAUUUUGCAGUGAAAUGUGACUUUGACAGUGUGAGAUUCAUCCUAAUGGCUUUUGUAAUAUCAAUAAAGAGCCAGAUUUGA